AUGACGGGUUGGGACGACGAUAUGAUCACCACCAAUCAAGCUUACACCAAUAGAACCCGCACCGUUUUCGACAAAUGCUACUAUUAUCGCCCACUUUCGUAUAUCAACAAGAACAACCAUAAUAUUGAUCAUGAUACCGGAAGCAAGAUCAUCAUGCCUCAAUCCGCCCUCGAUAAACUUAUAUCCUAUCCCGAGUACCUCGAUUACCCCUGGCUGUUCCAGAUACAAAACACGACGACGGGCCAACACUACUCCCAUUGCGGUGUCUUGGAGUUCACGGCGGAGGAGGGUUUCGUUUACUUGCCAUCGGGGAUGGUGAAAACCUUGCACCUACGAGAAUGUGAUUCGGUCAACAUUAAAAACAUACGUCUUCCUAAAGGGACUUAUAUUAAGAUACAACCACAUGCCACAAAAUUCACCACACUUUCAAAUCAAAAAGCUAUACUCGAACGUAGUCUUAGGGAUUUUGCUUGUUUGACGACGGGUGACACUAUUGUUAUCAAGUACGGAGAGGACAAGUAUAUGAUUGAUAUAGUGGAGACAAAGCCCGAAUGGGCUGUUUCGUUGGUUGACACUGAUUGUGAGGUUGAUUUUUUACCUCCCUUGGACUAUAAGGAGCCCGAAAAGUUACAUGAUGAAGAGUCAAAGUUGUUUCGGGGCUUUUCUGUUGUUGAUAAGUCGCUAAAGAAACUGAUGAUAACAGAUGAAUCAACCGCUAUGCCAGUUGAUGAAAGAGUGGAGGAUAAACAUUCGACGACAACAGAGUUUAGGCCGUUCGUUGGAGUGAGUAGACGGGUUGAUGGAAAGGCGCCCAAGGUGGAGCAUGAUCAAAACAAAGCUCAAGUAAACAUGAAGAAAAGCGAUGAGGGAUUCAAGCCAUUCACGGGAAAGAGUUACCGAUUAGUAUGAUUGAUUCAAUAUGGAUUAAUUAAUAAGUUUAUUG